AUGAUAUGGCUUACUAAUACUAACAUCGAUAAAAUACGAUAUUUUUUAAUACAAAAAAAAUAUUAUGGAAAGGUAUCCGGAUUAUCAUGGAGUACACGUUUAAAAGGUUUUGGGAUAUGCUUACUUCUUGCCGUUGUACUUGGUCUUAUUGCGGUUAUUAUCUAUUUUGUUAGCGGCGAUAUUUCUGGGUUUGCUGUUCUUUAUAGUUUUGCAGUUAUUUUGGGUAUUGGAUCCACAAUGUUCUUGAUGGGACCAUUGAAUCAAUUAAAGAAAAUGUUUGAUCCUUCUCGAUUGAUUGCUACAAUUAUUUUUCUCAUAUGUCUGAUUUUGACACUUGUAUCAGCUAUUGUGAUUAAAAGUUCUGGUCUUGUUCUCUUAUUUAUCAUUCUACAACUUAUUGCUCUAGUGUGGUAUACAAUCAGUUACAUUCCAUUUGCACGAGAUGCAAUCAAAAAGUGUUGUCGAAGCGUAAUAAAUAUUUAA